AUGUCUCGAUUUGGAGCAAAGAAAGGCAGGAAGCUCCCCGGUGCAGAAUUUACCUGGGAGGCCGAUCCUGGCGGGGAAGCAGACACAGCGCCUACGCCUCUUUUCCCUAGAUAUAACGUUCCCCGCGCGAGACCUCUGAACCCUCGCGAACAGAAACAGGUCGAUCUCUACCGUGCUCUGCGGGAUCGCUUCCACGACGGUCCCUGCUACUCCGUCCUCCAAUCGACCUCGGUCACGGCAAGAAAAGAUGAGGCUGCUCGCGCACACUUUGACCCUUUUCACGGAAUGCCUACGUAUUCGGGCAAGUACCAGAAGCAGAAGCGGGAUCGGCCGGAGCUGAAAGGACGUCCGUACGUUAUGAAAUUCUUCCCUCGCCAGCUGUGGAAGACGAUUCAGCCGAACUUCAAACCCUCGGUCGCAAUGGAUGGAUACGUGCCACAUGGCCCUCGCAUCGGAGUGAAAAGGGGAUUUGAGGAUGAGGAAGAAGAACAUGAUAUCGAGGAGACCAAGCGUAGAAGGGGCAUCGAUGAAGAUGAGGAUGCUGAGCGGGAUGAGCGAGAAGAGCGGGAAGAAGACGUGGAUGUCUUGGACCCGGAUGAGGAUCAGGAGGAAGAGAUCGUUGACGACGACUUUGAGGACGAUGAAGAUGAAAUGGGCGGGGACUACAAUGCGGAACAGUACUUUGAUGCUGGCGACGACGAAUACGGAGAUGACGGAUUCGCAGACGGCGGAGGCGGAGGUGGAGAUGAAGACACCUACUGA